CAGCCGGCGUCAAUUCGAUCGGCGCGCGGCUCCCGGAAGUACUCUGAGCUGAGCUUUCCGCUUCCAAAUGGUUUCCUGGCCGAUUUAGAGAUUUCCUACACUUUUUUCCGUCGUUUUGGUUGUGUUUUAUUGACCUGGAGGAUCCGACGGAAAUACGUAGAACCGAAGGAGUUCUAAAAUGGCGAACCGUACAGUAAAGGAUGCGCAUAGCAUCCAUGGCACAAACCCCCAGUAUCUGGUGGAAAAGAUCAUUCGGACGCGAAUCUAUGAAUCCAAGUACUGGAAAGAAGAGUGCUUUGGACUCACAGCUGAACUUGUAGUUGAUAAAGCCAUGGAGUUAAGAUUUGUGGGUGGCGUCUAUGGUGGAAACAUAAAACCAACUCCCUUUCUGUGUUUGACCUUGAAGAUGCUUCAAAUUCAGCCUGAGAAGGACAUCAUUGUAGAGUUUAUAAAAAAUGAAGAUUUCAAGUAUGUCCGCAUGUUGGGCGCGCUUUACAUGAGGCUGACAGGCACUGCAAUUGAUUGCUACAAGUACUUGGAACCCCUGUACAACGACUAUCGAAAAAUCAAGAGCCAGAACCGAAAUGGAGAGUUUGAACUGAUGCAUGUAGAUGAGUUUAUUGAUGAACUGCUGCACAGUGAGAGAGUCUGUGAUAUCAUUCUGCCCCGGCUACAGAAACGCUACGUGCUAGAAGAAGCUGAGCAAUUGGAGCCUCGAGUUAGUGCUCUGGAAGAAGACAUGGAUGACGUGGAGUCUAGUGAAGAGGAGGAGGAGGAAGAUGAGAAGUUGGAAAGAGUGCCAUCACCUGAUCAUCGGCGGAGAAGCUACCGAGACUUGGAUAAGCCCCGUCGCUCUCCCACACUGAGAUACAGGAGAAGUAGAAGUCGGUCUCCCAGAAGGCGGAGUCGAUCUCCCAAAAGGAGGAGUCCUUCACCCCGCAGAGAGAGACAUCGGAGCAAGAGCCCAAGACGACACAGAAGCAGGUCCCGAGACAGACGACACAGAUCCCGCUCCAAGUCCCCAGGUCAUCACCGUAGUCACAGACAUAGGAGCCACUCAAAGUCUCCUGAAAGGUCAAAGAAAAGCCAUAAGAAGAGCCGGAGAGGAAAUGAGUGAUGAAUUCACUGUGGGUACUUAUGUGGAAGGAUUAAGAGCUGCUCUCUUGGCAGCUAUGUUAUUUUUUUAAAUGGAAGAGGUGCUGAAAAUUUUGUAUCUGUUUUUCAGCUGUAAACAUCUUUGAAGGAUGAUGUUUUUUAAGGUCUGUUUUUGACCCAAUCAACUACAACUAUAUUCAAACUUUUGUGACAAGAGUAGAAAGGAUCUGGGAAUUGGAGAGAAAAGAUGAGGCUGUAUUGGUGACCCUUUGCCUUUUUGUUAUUAAACCUGAGACAUCCAUUUGACACUUUUUUGUAGUUGAGUUUUUGGUUUACUCCAUGAUUAGAACUACUUUGAAAAUCCUUGAAUUUGUGCUGUUGCUAUUUAUCAAUGAUCAAAUCAGUCCAGCAGUAAUUUCUUUUUUUCAACAACAUCAAGUAGUAAUAAACAUGAAAACUGGCUGGUCCUCUGGAUUAAUUGAUUGAGUUCUAUCCAACAAUUUCAAUAGACAGUAGCCCUUAAUACUCUUUACAACACAUUUACAUAGCGCCAUUUUUCUCUUACAACUCUUAAAAUGCAGAUGCGUAGCCUGUAAAUACUGACAUUACCCAAGGUUAAUUAAUAGCAGCAAGAUAGCAGGACAAAAAUAUUUAAUGGAGGAUUAGACACUGUGGCGCAUUGCCUAUAUUCCCAACACUUGUGAGGCUGAGGCAGAAAGAUCACCAUGAGUACAGGCCAGCCUCAGCCACAUAAUAAGCGCAACACCAGCUUUAAGUACACAGUGAAACUCUGUCUCAGAAAUCACACAUGUACAAUUCUAAUGGGGAAAACUAUCUCAGUUCUAUUCAUGGUUUUGGCUGAAUUGUUGGACAGUACAACUAGUCACAAAGAAAAUACAGUACAGUAGAAAGACAUCUUUUAGAGGGGCAGGGAAAAAAGACAAAGGUGGUAAUAAAAAAGAUGUAUUCACUUUAAAAUUUCUUUUGAGACAGCAAUGAUGUAUAUAAUCUAGCUAAGUAAAUCCCAGAUGGUGGGAAAUAAGAGACUAUAAUUCAGCAUAGUGAUCUAGGCCAAGGUUGAUGUUACAGCAGUUGUGGAAGAUGUUAGUAAGAUUGCCCAGGAAGUAUAUGUAGAUAAGACUAGAACAUAGAAUGGCGCCAUAGGCAUCACCAGCACUGGUAACAAGCACAAAUCACCUAUUCAGACUGGAAUAAACUACUCAUAAAGAGAGGAAAAUUAGGCAAGAGUAGGUCAAAGAAGCCUAGGGUGUAAGGACACAAAAGCAAUGUAAAUACUUUUAAAGUCCCUAGGUACUGAUAAAAAUAUCAGGAUGUAUCCUUAAAAAGUUCCUUUUACCUGUACUUUCUUUCCUCUUUAGAAGGGAAAAAAAUGAUUAAAUAACCUCUUACAACUUGUAUCCCCAGAAGGAGUUGCAAAGUUGCAGCCCUCCAAGAUCCAGCUUUUCCAGGCAGGUCUGGGUAUCUGGGCAUAGGAUAAACACUUCUACUGCUUGUAACUGAUCUAAAGAACUUUUGUAGCAACAUUAAAGCAUUUUUUAAAAAUUA